AUGCUAAAAACGACCUUACAACCACCUUGCCUCCAACCUCAGCCCAACUUUGCAGGCUCCGGCAGAGCUGACCCAAAUCCUCACAUUAUUAAGAAAUCUAAGGUUGGCCCUGCAGAAGGCAAAAGCUAUUUGGCAAGGCUGCAAGGAACGGGAAACGAUAGUAGCCAUGGAGAGCAAGUAAGGAAAGAGUCAGAUGGAGAAAAUCUCCAGAAGGAAACUUGGAGAGCCAAUGGGAAUGUCCUCCCCUGCAAAAGCAAUGACAGCAGGCCGGUGUCCAAUGAGAAACGAGGAGACUCUCCGUGGCCUGUUUCUGAUGCGAUGGAUCCUGGGAUUAGCAACAGGGAUGAUCAAAGUCGAGACUGGAAAGUGGUGAAAGUGAAACGAGUUCUGCUCUCUCCUGCCGAAGAACCUCGGAAAGCGAAGACGCGCACACACAGAGAGAGGGGAGGAUCGGAGCCCGGUGCUUGCGAAGGGGAUCCAGCCCACCCCCCGUGGAAGGGGAGGCACGAUUUCUCCAGGAGUGCAAGCUUGUCUGAAACAGAGCUGAAGGAAGCAAAAGCAAGGAGCCAAAGGAUUGUUGCUCAGCUGACAAAUCCACCAAGUUCCAAUUCCAAAGGGGUCCUGUUGUUUCACAGACGUAAGCAGCGAGUGAAUGCAUUCACCUUAGGAGCCCCAAAGCCAACCAACCCAGAUCGAGUAGCUGCGGAGAACAACCUCAAAGCUAUCACUCACCCUUGCACUCUGAGCCAUGGGGAGGAAUCGCCUCUGAAGCAGACUCCGAAACAAAACCAGGAGCUGAACGCUUCAGUCUGCGUCAAUAAUUUUGGACGCUGGGGGCAAAAAGUCACCAUGGAAAGAUAUGAGGAGGAUUUGGGUGUGGAACAUCCUCUAGAUAACGCUCAGGGCCUUCUGUGGAAUAAGGAAAAGAGUGAGACAAUUCUUUAUUCAACAAACCCAACAUCCUCUACAGAUAUUCCAGAGGAAGAAUUUCAGCAGAUCCCUCUCAGUGUAUACCUCAAAGAGAAUACAGGGACAGCUUCAACCAAUGGAAUACAUGAACCUCUCACUGAGUUUGGAAAAGUGCCUAUGGUUGAGCAAGGAUCAAUUAUGGGCAAUAUAGAAAACAUCCCAGCUAAGACUGAGGAUGAGGCUACCCCUAACAUUGAGAAAAAAGAUGCCAUUCUUGAAAAAGAACUGUAUCUUCUGCAUAUGGAUGAGGAAAAUAAUAUUCUCGAUAAAGAACCAUAUCUACCCAUAGGUAGUGAGAAAAACAACAACAUCCCUGACAAAGAUCUGUACGCAGCUGUUAUUGACAGGGAGAAUAAUAUUGUCCUCAACAAGACACCAAGUGAACCAAUCAUUGACAGAAAGGAAAAUGGAGAGUUGCCCUGCAUGGAACAGGAUGAGUUGGUCACUGAAAAUGAGAACAUUUUUCCCACUGCUGACACUGAAAAAGCCACUGAUGUAUGUUCUAAUGAAACCAGCACACAAAAUCAUAGGCAGUACUGUGAAGUGCGCCUGACUCUGUCUAAGCCACAACCAGUGAAGAACCGAACUGCAAGACCUUUUGGCACUCAGUCGCUAACUAAAAUCCUCUCACCAGCAGAGAAGAGCCCAGAGGUGGAGAUUCUUCCACCACCCACCUAUGCAGAAACAUUUUCCAGCCCUCCUCCGGUUACUAGGGUCAGGUCACCUCCUGCUUACUCAGCACUGUAUCCUAGUCAAGAACAGAAAAUCCUGGUUCCAUCUGAAGCUAGGUCUAAAGACAGCAGCCCAGGACCUCAAUUCAGAGAGAACAAAGCACCAUCUCCAGAUAAAACAGGCAUUCUAGAGGAAUCUGCAGCCCGCAGAACAGCUAAGAAGUCCAUGUUCACCUUUGUUGAGAAGCCAAAAAUGGGUCCUAAUCCAGAUCUUUUGAAUUUAGUACAGACAGCAGACAAUAGAAAGAAGCAGAAAGGACAAGGAGGAGCAUUUCCUGAAGAUGAAUCAUUUGCAUUGGGUGCAGACGCCUCUAACUUUCUAACUGAAGGCAGAUCAUUAGAUGUACCCACCCAGUCCCUUGGAGAUCCUCCACCAGAAUGGUCUUCAUGUUUAAGAUCACCAAAAAUACAGCCUAAACCUAAAAUAAGCUCUAACCAAAGCCUUUCAGAGGCGAAAGGAAAGGGGGCAGAACUGUUUGCCAAGAGGCAAUCAAGAAUGCAGAAGUACAUCAUUGAAGCCCCAUCACAUCCAGAUAUAGCAAGAUCACCUUCACCUACUAUGUCUCUUCCUCCAUCCUGGAAGUAUACUUCAGAAACUCAUCUCUCCCCUAUGGCAUUCCAACCAGCACUCAGAAGUCCAUCAAGAUCUCCAAAACGUCCUCCUGCAUCUUUCUACAACAGCAAUUUGACAGAAAGUGAGCUCUCCAAAAAAGAGUUGGGGAUCUCCAAGCAACAACCUUACCAACUUCACUCUUCCUUUUUCGUUCGUUCCCCAGUCAGAGAGCCCAUGAGAUCUGUAGUCCCUGAAGGGGGUUAUGUGACACAGGCUUCUUCCUUUACUUCAUCCUUGGUACCUUCUCCUCUGUUGAAACCACCUGCCCAGUCCAGCCCAAGCAGAACAUUGCCUGCCCUCUUUGCUCCGUUACCUGGAAAUGUGUUUCCAUUACAGAAGAUCAGAGCAAAUGCUGAAACAUCACCAGAAGGAUCUUUCGAUUACUCUUCUAAAAUUUUGUCUCCAAGAGCUAAAGGAGUAUUCCAAGCUCCAAGACCAUCUUACUCCACCAAGAAUGCAGGGAUUGAGCCUCAGGAAAGAAAAGCAUCCCUGCCUGCCUCCCCGACAUGGACCCCACAGCUGAUAAGGCGACAGUCCAGCAGCAUAGAGGGCUGGAUGAGCCCAGCCCAAACUCCAGAAUCUGAGGAUGGACUUGUUGAAGUCUUUCGAGCAGCCCAUGUUAUGACUCCACCUCCUCCCAUGUCUCCAUCCUGGAGCGAAAGGUCUCUGUCCCCAUUUCGACAGGAGAUUGACCAAAAGUCCAGCCGACAGAUGCAGGUGCUGUUGGCAAGAAAUAUCAUAAAUGCUGCCCGGAGAAAGAGCUCUUCUCCCAAACUCACUGGAGUAGAAAACUUCAGGCCCUUCACACCCCCUGUCACUUGCCCCAAUGUGUCAUCCACUGGUGGAAGUUCUAUGAACAGGGGUAAUCAUUCUCCAAGCCCACUUCAAUCACCUAAGCUGACAGGAAUGGAUGGCUACAGACGUGCCUCCCUCCCCGUCUCAGCUGCUCCACCCCAGGCUAGUGCAUCAUCAAACAACAGCCCCAGGUUUCUAGGCAUCAAAUCUCCAAGCCCACUACAGUCACCAAAAGCAGGGAGGAUGAAUGGAAACAAAUGCUUCACACUGCCUGCUAGAACUGGAGCGUCCCAGUUCAUUGUAUCAACAAACCAUAAUGGCUCAAGUAUAAUGGGCACGCAUUCUGAAUCACACAAGAAUCCAGGGCCACUUCAAAAACCCACAUUCGUGGAUAGCCACAAGGUCUUCACGUUGCCAGCAAACACCAGUGGGAUAUCAUAUACCAGCCCCAAAAACCGAGAUGCUUGUUCUCCCACUUUCCAAAGCCCCCUGAUGUCUCCCAUGAUGACAACAUGUUCCCCGGUGAAGCGCUCCACUUCCAUGUCCCCCACCAAUUCAGAGGCAUCCGUGGACUCUGAUUGCUCUGGGGUCAAGUCACCUAGCAUCCGCAGCUUCAAUAUUUGUCCACGAGGCUGGAAUGGCAGUCUGAGGCUGAAACGGGGUAGCCUCCCAUCGGAAGCAUCCUGUACCUCUUAA